UUGGCGGGUUCCCAGCUGCCUGUCCCAGUGAUGCCGGUGCGCUGCUUCGAGCUGCCUGGGGCCCAGGUGCAGGAGAUCAGGGAUUCCAAGCCCGCAGGAACUAGAAAUGCUGUUUUACCAUGUGUGAGAAGUCUGUUCAGAGAUGGAAACUUCAUUCUGUAUGAGGAGAUUGGCAGAGGAAGCAAAACUGUUGUCUACAAAGGGCGACGAAAGGGAACAAAAUUUGUAGCCAUUCUUUGUACUGAAAAGUAAAGGCCGGAAAUAACGAACUGGGUUCGUCUCACCCAUGAAAUUAAACACAAGAAUAUUGUAACUUUUCAUGAAUGGUAUGAAACCAGCAACCACCUCUGGUUGGUAGUGGAACUCUGCACAGGUGGCUCCUUAGAAACGGUUAUUGCUCAAGAUGAAAAUCUCCCAGAAGAUGUUGUGAGAGAAUUUGGGAUUGACUUGAUUUCUGGAUUACAUCAUCUCCAUAAACUUGGCAUUCUCUUUUGUGACCUUUCUCCUGGGAAGAUACUCUUGGAAGGGCCUGGCACAUUGAAGUUUAGCAAUUUUUGCUUGGCAAAAGUCGAAGGUGAAAAUUUGGAAGAGUUCUUUGCCAUGGUGGCAGCAGAAGAAGGAGGAGGUGACAGUGGGGAAAAUGCACUGAAAAAAAGCAUGAAAAGUAGAGUCAAAGGGUCUCCUGUAUAUAUGGCACCAGAAGUUGUGAAGGGUACUGACUUCUCCCCCACCAGUGACCUCUGGUCGUUGGGCUGUCUGCUUUAUGAAAUGUUUUCAGGAAGACCUCCAUUCUUUUCAGAAAAUGUUUCAGAAUUAAUUGAGAAGAUUUUAUAUGAAGAUCCUUUGCCACCUAUUCCAAAAGAUUCUUCUCUUCCUAAAGCAUCUUCAGAUUUUAUUAAUUUGGUUGAUGGCUUACUUCAAAAAGAUCCUCAGAAAAGAUUACAUUGGACAGGACUACUGCAGCAUUCAUUUUGGAAAGAUGCUUUCAUGAGAGAGGAGCAGGAAUCAGGCAUCGAGGAUUUCGGCUUCAGCAGAAAUGUCAAGGAUUGUUCUGGGCUACAAGAUUCCAGGGAACUCCUGCAGAGCCCUCAGAGUGGACAAACAAAAGGGCAGAAGGGCGGCCAGCGAUUGAGUCAGUCUUUCAGACUAGAAAAUCCAACUGAAUUGCGGCCUAAGAGUACUAUUGGGGGUCAGUUGAAUGAAUCCAUAUUUCUUCUCAGUUCUCGUCCUACUCCAAGAACUAGCACUGCAGUAGGAUUAAGUCCUGGGGCAGAUGUGACUCAUAGUUCACCACUGAAGACUUCUCCUUUGACCAAGAUGGCAAGUGGACACCUGAGCCACGAGGCUCUGGAGUCCCAGAUGCGAGAGCUCAUCUACACAGACUCAGACCUCAUUGUCACCCCAAUUAUCGACAAUCCAAAGAUAAUGAAGCAACCGCCAAUUAAAUUUGAUUCAAAAAUACUACAUCUACCAGCACAUUCAGCUGAUAAGUUGUUAUGUCUGAAAGACCAGGAGUGGAAUGACUUUUUGCAACAAGCAUGCUCACAGAUCGACUGCACCGAGAAGAGUGCAGGGGCCUCCCGGGCCAAGCUGAAUCUCCUGUGCUACUUAUGUGUAGUGGCUGGGAACAAGGAGGUGGCCACCAGGUUCCUCCAUUCCCCUCUGUUCCAACUCCUAAUCCAGCACUUGCGAAUAGCUCCAAAUUGGGACAUACGGGCCAAGGUUGCUCGCGUUAUUGGUUUGCUGGCCUCGCAUACAACUGAGCUCCAGGAAAAUAUACCUGUAAUCGAGGCGAUUGCUCUCCUAACUGAAUUGAUUAGGGAGAACUUCAGGAACAGCAAAUUGAAGCAGUGCCUUCUGCCAACCCUUGGGGAGCUCAUCUACCUUGUGGCCUCCCAGGAAGAGAAAAAAAAGAACCCUAGAGAAUGCUGGGCUGUUCCCUUGGCUGCAUACACAGUGCUAAUGAGGUGCCUUCGGGAAGGGGAAGAACGUGUUGUGAAUCACAUGGCUGCAAAGAUUAUUGAGAAUGUCUGCACUACCUUCUCUGCCCAGGCACAGGGCUUCCUCACAGGGGAAGUCGGGCCUGUGUUGUGGUAUCUAUUCAGGCAUUCCACUGUCGACUCUCUGAGGAUUACAGCGAUAUCAGCCUUGUGCAGAGUCACUCGCCAGGCUCCUACUGCUUUCCAGAAUGUGAUCGAGAAAGUGGGGCUGAACUCAGUCAUACACUCGCUGGCCUCUGCUAUCUGCAGAGUCCAGCAGUACCUGUUGAUCCUGUUCACCACCAUGUUGUCCUGUGGGAUCCACCUUCAAAGACUCAUCCAAGAAAAGGAUUUUGUGUCUACAAUCAUCCGUUUACUUGACAGCCCCUCGACUUUCAUCAGAGCGAAGGCCUUCCUGGUGCUUUUAUAUAUCUUGAUUCAUAACCGUGAGAUGUUGUUGCUCAGCUGCCAAGCCAG